UCAAACAUGGAGCGGCGACGUCUUCGUCCCAUUCGGAUCUCGCGAAAGUCGUUCAGCAGCCUAAUAUCGAUGCGGAAACUACAUCGACGGACAUUCCGACUGCCAUUGGAAUCCUGAACAGGAUCCAUGCUUCCAUCCGGGAAGACCAAACCAAGGUUCGCGCCAAAAAUGAAUUACCGAGUCUCGAUUCAGAGGUUGUUAAAUACGUGUACUAUCUGCUUGACCUCAUCGUGGUAUGGGGCAUCUACCCGCUCAUGCAGCAGCAUACCAGAAUUCCCUAUGACAGAAGAACUAGAUCUGUGCUCUUCAGUCCGUCAAGCCCCUUGCCGGCACCGGAUCAAGAGAUCUUUGAAGGCGCACUCCUUGCGCUCAACAAACUGGUCGAGGAGCCUACUCUCGGUAUUGCAUCUCUGGUAAUAGACCAAGGUUUCAUGGAUAUCGUCUCCGCAACUGCGUGGUACUCUUUUGGUGGUAAUACCGAAAUGAGUGAGGAGAAAAUUAAGGGCUCGUUCGAGCGACUCGUAGACCGGUCCCCAAUCUCGAGAUUACUCUUCACAUUCACGGCCCUCAUGUCAUCUCCUUUGCCGGAACUGGUGCAGGCUGAACUUGGUCGGACGCUGGCACGACUUCCACUUCGGCCAGGAGGUGUACUGCAAACAAUCGAGUUCAUCGCAGGCAAGCAUGCUCGAGCUGGUAGUUCGACCCCUGUACAAGGGGGUCAGCCCGAAGCAUUGCCUCUCCCGCUAGAGGCGCUACAAGAAUGUGCGAAGCUAUUCUCCGCCCUGCCAAGAGGAGAAGAUUCUUCCUUUUUCUACAAUACGGGACAACAGUUGAUCGAACUACUCGGCGAGAAGGCAGGACCGGAGUUGAGCAAGGCUGCUGCUUUCAUCAUCGCACAAGGGAUCCUUAACAAAAAGAGCUCAGGAGCACCAGGGGCAUGGGGUUGGAACUUCUACGUCAAGCCACUGAUCGAGCUUUUGAACCCUCCGCCUUAUCUCACUGGCGGCACCUUAGCCGACCCUCACGUAACCGAGCACGAUACCUCUCGACCUUGGGUUAAGGAUAGUGACGUAUGGUUUGCACUCAAUCUUCUUGGAAAGCUUGUCAUGGGUCGACCACAUGCGAGCAUCGCCGCAAGAAUCAUCCCUCAAGUCUUUCUUUCUUUAUGGGCGAUUUCCAUAUUUUCAAAGGUUCACGCUGUCGACCCAGCAUACGAAACAUUGAGCAUGUCGCUUUUAAAAGCAUUUUUUCUGCUCGUGCCUUCAAUAGAGCACCUCAAAGUCCUCCGCUCCCGGCUCCUUUGGGAUGGGCCGUUGGAAUGGACCUUCGGCCCCGGCUCUCACGGGGGAGUCGAGAUCAGGGGUCGAAAAGGAAAUACAGACUUUCAAGAUUUUAUCCAGACUGUCAAGAAGGUUGACAUCGCGGUCUACCAAUUUAUCGAUAUCCUAUCAUCAGCUAGAGUGGCGGAUGAAGAGAAAGCAUCCAUCUACCUGGCUAUCAUCGAAGACUGGCUGCUUUCCCAAGAUAGCAGCUCUGAUAAUAGCACCCAAAUAGGUAGCCCGGUCGCGAAACUGGCGCAGAUGAAUUUACCAAGAGCGACCCUGGAGGAUGAGCUCGAUAAAGUGUCGGCUGAACGUCUUCUUCGGAUGAAGCUCGCGCAGGCCAUAUUGAAAAGCCAAUCGCGCCUCCUCAUAGCAACACCGAAAAGAACACUGGAACUGGUGAUCAGAGUCUUUCAUGCCAGACUACAGGCUGCCAAGCAAAGAAACAACGGCCAUAAAUUUCGGGUUGAGUCCAUACACGAGGGUGAUAACAACAAUCCUGAGGAAGACACCAUCCUUGCGAUCGCGCUGGAGAUCUUGGAUCUUGUGGUUCGGACGGGUGUUCCAGAGAUAAUCGAAGAAUCAUCGCACGAGCGGAAAGAGAUAUUCUCCCUCCUUCGACGAUUGCUGCUUGACGUCACUCCUCCACUGAAUGAAGUAUUCCGCGAUUCGAUGAUGGCCGUCCUGAGGAGGAUGGAGGAACCAGGUUCGGCACUUACCGAAGUUCAGGGAAUCGAUGCAGAUAACACACUGAAAGAACACCUACGGUUGCUCGCGGCCGCUGAGGAGUCUCUCAUUGCCCAAGAACCUCCAAUCCGCCGACAGGCAAUACAAGAUAUUACUCGGCUGAUUCAGUCUACAUCAAAAGUCAGAAGCGCUCUUGCAUUCGCCGCUAUGCUCAUCGAUGCCAUUGAAGUCGAAGAGGACGAUUUUGUUUUUCAGCCAGCGAUCGACGCCUUUGUUGCACUCGCGAUGAAAUCCGAUCAUAUGGUUGUGUCGAUGGCACUUCAAGCGUUCGACGAUUACGAGGAGAAAAUGGGCAUUGACAGUCGCCAACGUUUGGCAGAAGCGCUGAUUCGGUUAACCAAGAAUAAGGCGGAGGAUCGAAACGUGGCGCUGCGUAUGAACUGGCAAACGUCUGCAAGGGACAUGGCCAGGAAAGCAAUCCAGGUCGCAUCGAGACGCGGUGCAAGGAGCCGAGAGAUGAAUCGGCGCAUACAAGAUGCGGAGCAGAAACAGGAGUUGGAGUCGGAACGAAGCGAAGCUUGGGGAGGGGAUGCACCCGAUGCCCCGCUCAUUGAGCCCGUGGACAACGAAGAAGAUCGGCUUGAUGCAGAGCUACUGACGAACAUCAUCAUGGGUUGGCAAGAGACUGGAAAAAACGAGGAUGUCCGGAUCCGUGUUUCAGCGUUGAGCAUUCUGGCCCAGCUCCUUGAAAGCGCGCUCGAUCUCUUCGUGGCCGAGUAUUGGGAACGGAUUGAAGAGCUCACUAUCUCUAUCCUCUUUAUGGAGCGAGGCCCCGAGAAAGCCAUUCUUCGGCGAAACGCCGUCCUUAUCUUCUUAUCGACGCUGCUAGCCCUUGAUUCUGCGCAAGAGAACGGCGACUCUCUGGAUUUCGUCGCAGGGGUGAUUGAGUGGACCAGGAUUGAAAAGGUGCUGCUAUGGGUGCUUGAUAUGGACGAGGAUGAACUUGUGAAGGACCAUGUCGGAUCAGUGCUUGAAAGUCUGGAGGCAUGGAGGAUGAAGAUGUUGCUUAAUAGGAACGGCCGGGAGCAGCUUUCAGCAGCGGGCCUUAGCGACGAUUUGCAAGGCCUUGAUGUCAACCCGUUGAAAGAUAAAGAGACGUCGAAGAAGCCUGUGAUUGAGGAGAUAGACUAGACUCGAUAUUGGUAGUUAAUGCAAUAAAAUGAAGCUCCCGCUCCAUCUUUUCGUCUACUUAUAGUAGUGCAUCAUGCGUAGAAAGACGACACAGUUUUGUAGGCAUCCUUCUUGCGUCCCGUCCCGACAUGAAGUCCGAUCGUCCCUGGGACCUGUUCCGCAUUUGCGCAGGAAUCUCCUGGCGUCCAGUUUGGACGCGCUAUCUCCCACAUUUGCGCAAUCGGUGUAUCCUCUUCUUCUUACUGUUAUGAAACUCAUGCAACGCUCCCGCUGUCCGCGCUUCAACCGGUCAUUUCCGAAUCGGCAACCUUCGCGCCCGCCCCCGAUACCCAUAAGACGUUGUUACACCUGCAAAUCCAGUAUUAGCGAACGCUGUGCAUCUUUCGAGUUGUGUCUGUGUCGCCUGCGCACCUUAUCAAGACCUGCCCCAGCGACCCAGUCUCUUUGCCAUCGAUGAAUUCGACCGUGUUGUUCAGC